AUGGUUUCCGUUCUGUCGUUCAAGGUAAAACAUUCAAACAGUAUUUACAAUCUUUCUCUCAGAAAGGACUCUACUAUUGCAGACUUACAGGUGCAACUUAGUAUAUUAACCAGCGUACCAAUUAAUAGGCAAAAACUUCUAUUAAGAAAUGUUGCUCCCGAUGCUUUCAUUUCUGGUGUCAUAAAGCCUGACUCUACCAUUACUCUUAUUGGAACACCUGAUGCCGAACUCAUUACCAGCUUCAAAUCGUUCGCAAAUACUUUUACGUAUAUGAAGAUCCUCUCUGCCAUUGAUGGGAGAACAUAUAUAACGGCUGCUAUACGGAUGCUUUUUGAAGUGGAGCCUAUAAGAUAUUUACUUAUGGAGUAUAAAUCGAGCGAUGCCAUCAUUGAAAAUGAAUUUCUGGAGGAGCUGAAACAUUGUUUUAGGAUAUUGAUCUUUGACGAGGCUGUGCAAUUUCAGCCGAUUAUUCUUGACAGUGCUAUUAGACGUCUAUAUCCAGAAAUGGAACUCCAGUCGCCUGAUGUUAAAACAGCGAUAGAUAUUUUCUUUGAAACGUUUACAACAAUAUUCAAAAGAAAGUUUACUGAUAUUUUGCGCAUCAGACUUGUGGACUCAUCUGAAAAAUUUUACCUGAGUUGUAAAAUACCCAAAUCUUCAAUGAAACUAAAUGAUGUGCUGAAGAAGUGCCUGGCUGAAAACAAGAUCAUUGAACUGCCGAGCUAUUUGUUAAUCCAUAUCGAGAGAUUUACGGACGAUGAGAAGGACUUCAAAAAGAUCGUUUUUCCAUUUACUUACAACAUUGCCGACUUAUUAGAACCCUCUUCAGUACAAAACAAGCACAUCUUGAACGCCCAAUGGAAGAACGAGGAAAGGGGAGAGUACGAAGAGUUAUCAGAGCAGCAAACUCCUCUCGCUACGAAUUUAACGAUUUUUUAUGAUUUAAUUGCAUUAGUCACACAUACAGGAGAGGAUCAACGAAGUGGUGUCUUUGAUAAUUAUGUUUGUCAGAAUUCGAAAUGGUUCAAAGUUGGUCAAACAGGGGAAGUUUCCAAGAAUAAAAUUUCUUGCUUAAGUGGCGGUGAUUUUGAUGGUUCAAGUGUGACAUUUUUGAUAUAUAAAAGUAUAAUAUGA